CGCGCCCGACCAGAGCCGCUCCAGCGGCGCCGGGCGGAGCGGAGCGGGGAGACCCGAGUGCGCGCUGCCCGGAGCCGGGAGGGAGCGGAUGGGCCAUGGAGGCGCCGUGGAGGCGCGGCGGGCUGGCGGCUCUCUGGUACCUCGGGCUGCUGGCGAGCCUGGCGCGCGUCGCGGGCACGCACUACCGCUACCUGUGGAGGGGCUGCUACCCGUGCCAUCUGGGCCAGGCUGGCUACCCCGUGAACGCCGGCGACCCGAGGCCAGACGUGGACGAGUGCCAGGGGCACAACGGCGGCUGCCAGCACCGGUGUGUGAACACCCCAGGCUCCUACUUCUGCGAGUGCAAGCCUGGCUUCCGUCUCCACGCGGACGGCAGGACCUGCCUGGCCAUCAACUCCUGCACCGUGGGCAAUGGUGGCUGCCAGCACAACUGCGUCCAGCUCACAGUGACCCAGCACCGCUGCCAAUGCCGGCCUGAGUUCCAGCUCCAGGAGGAUGGCAGGCGCUGCGUCCGGAGAAACCCGUGCGCGGACAGGAACGGCGGCUGCAUGCACAGGUGCCGGGCGCUCCGGGGCCUUGCCCACUGUGAGUGCCACGCAGGCUACCAGCUGGCAGUGGACCGCAAGGCCUGCGAAGAUGUGGAUGAAUGUGUCACAGGCCUGGCCCAGUGUGCGCAUGGCUGCCUCAACACGCACGGCUCCUUCAAGUGUGUGUGCAAUGCGGGCUACGAGCUGGGUGCUGAUGGCCGGCAGUGCUACCGGAUCGAGAUGGAGAUCGUGAACAGCUGUGAGGCGGACAACGGCGGCUGCUCCCAUGGCUGCAGCCACAGCAGUGCGGGCCCCAUCUGCACCUGCCCCCGUGGCUACGAGCUGGACGAGGACCAGAGGACAUGUAUCGACGUCGACGACUGUGCCGCCUCCCCGUGCUGCCAGCAGGUUUGCACCAACAGCCCCGGCGGCUACGAGUGCAGCUGCUAUGCCGGCUACCGGCUCAGUGCGGAUGGCUGCGGGUGUGAGGAUGUGGACGAGUGUGCCUCCGGCCACGGCGGCUGCGAACACCACUGUGCUAACCUGGCCGGCUCCUUCCAGUGUUCCUGUGAGGCCGGCUACCAGCUGGACGAGGACCGCAGGGGUUGCACCUCCCUGGAGCUGCCCGAGCUGGUCCUGGACGGCCACCUGCCCCUCGGGCGGCCCCCUCUGCACAUUGCGGUGCUCCAGGAUGAGCUGCCCCCUCUCUUCCAAGACGACUACGCCGGGGCUGCGGAGGAAGAGGCUGAGGCACGGGGUGAACACACACUGCAGGAAAAGUAUGUCUGCCUGGACAACACCUUUGGCCCAGACUGCAGCUUGACUUGUGAUGACUGCAGGAAUGGGGGAACCUGCCUCCCCAGCCUGGACAGCUGUGACUGCCCUGAUGGCUGGACCGGGCUCGUCUGCAAUGAGACUUGUCCUCCGGACACCUUUGGAAAGAACUGCAGCUUCUCCUGCAGCUGUCAGAAUGGCGGGACCUGUGACCCUGUGACGGGGGCCUGCCGCUGCCCCCCAGGGGUCAGUGGAGCCCACUGUGAGGACGGCUGCCCCAAAGGCUUCUAUGGCAAGCACUGCCGUAAGAAGUGCCACUGUGCCAGCCGGGGCCGCUGCCACCGCCUCUACGGGGCCUGCCUCUGUGACCCGGGGCUCUACGGCCGCUUCUGCCACCUGGCCUGCCCGCCGUGGGCCUUUGGGCCAGGCUGCUCAGAGGAGUGCAAGUGUGAGCAGCAGAAUACACGUGCGUGCGAUAAGAGGGAUGGCAGCUGUGCCUGCAAGGCGGGCUUUGGGGGCGAGUGGUGCCAGGACGAGUGCCAGCCGGGCUUCUUUGGGCCAGGGUGCCGGCAGGCAUGCACCUGCCCCCCAGGCGUGGCCUGCGACCCUGUCAGCGGCGAGUGUGGGAAGCAGUGUCCCGCUGGCUACCACGGGGAGGACUGCAGCCAAGAGUGCCCGGCAGAGACGUUUGGCCAGAACUGCUCAGGCUCCUGCUCCUGUGGGGGCGCCCCCUGCGACCGGGUCACAGGGCAGUGUCUGUGCCCACCAGGGAGGACCGGGGAUGACUGUGGGGCAGAUUGUCCCGAGGGCCGCUGGGGGCUUGGCUGCCAGGAGAUCUGCCCGCCGUGUGAGCACGGUGCCGCCUGUGUGCCGGAGACUGGAGCCUGCCUGUGUCGCCCCGGCUUCACGGGCAGCCGCUGCCAGGAUGCCUGCCCUGCUGGCUGGUUUGGACCUGGCUGCCAGACGCGGUGCUCCUGUGCCAACGAUGGGCUCUGCCAUCCAGUGACCGGCCGGUGCAGCUGUGCCCCUGGGUGGACCGGCCUCAGCUGCCAGAGAGCCUGUGACAGCGGCCACUGGGGACCCGACUGCAGCUACGCCUGCAACUGCAGUGCAGGCCAUGGGGGCUGCGACGCCGUCAGCGGCCUGUGUGUGUGUGAAGCCGGCUAUGUGGGCCCGCGGUGUGAGGAGCGUGAGUCCCAGCCUGGCCCGCACACGCAUGUGCACAUGCAUGCUCAUGUGCUCACACACACGCAGGCUCACGUGCACACAUACACACACACAUGUACAAGUGUCAGGGGGACCCAGCCCUGCUCCCUGUCCCCAGACAAGCAGGGGUCUCCUCGUCUAAGCCCACCCGCAACCUCCCCCAUCUGGCUCCCCUGCCACCCGCCACCCUCCUACCUGCCUGGGCUCAAGAGAAGGCCCACGUGGAGCAAAGGCAGCAAGAGAUGGGGUCAGUGGCACCCCAAGGGGCGCCUGCCACCUGUGAGAGGGGAGGAAAGUGUCUGCUAAGGACCAAGGGCCCUGCCCUUCAGUGUCGACCCCCACCCUGGCUGGGCCGGUGGAUCUGGGUGAGCUGGGGGCUUGGCUCCUAGCUGGGAGGGAUGCAGAGGCCUUGGGUAAGGGAGGGGCUUCCCCUGCCCCACAGCCCAGGUCCUGGGCAGGACUGGGGCAGGCGACUGUACGCCCAGCUGAGAGUCUGGUGUCUCAGGGUGUCCCCAGGGCUACUUCGGGCCGGGCUGUGGGCGGCGAUGCCAAUGUGAGCACGGGGCGGCCUGUGACCAUGUCAGCGGGGCCUGCAC